AUGGCCGGAUUUGUAGCCAUGAUAUCGGUUUUUGUGGUUGUCGUUGUAGAGAUGUUCUUCGCUAUGAAAGGUGCUGGUCAUGUUCAUGGAAGCGAGUAUGAUCAUCUAAUUGGCAGCGUUAGGCGGGGGUCUAGCGAGUCUAUUCGUGAUGACGCAAAUUAUAUGAGGCUUGGCCCUCAUCACUCGACAGAGAACCUGCGCCUUGAUCUCAUCCAAUCGAACAGUCACCCGGAUGGAGCGCAGCGGUACUCCAGUUCAUUGUCCCGGAUAUCAACAGAUGGUGCCAAACAAGGACGGUCGAAGAAAAUGAAUCCACACAGUGAAGGCGAUGAUACUGGCUUUGGAGACAUCGAUUCUCUGGACAAUCACAGUGAUUCUCAAGUCUUUGACUCUCAUUCCCGCUGUUUGCCAUCCCAACCACGCGAUUCACAUCAUAAGCCGAAUCCUGAGUUACCAAUGCAGAGUCCGCAGCGCCAGUUGCUGCAAUGUCUUCUCCUCGAGGCUGGUAUCCUUUUCCACAGUAUCUUUAUCGGCAUGGCCCUCAGUGUCGCCACUGGGACGUCAUUUAUUGUCCUUCUUGUGGCCAUCUGCUUUCAUCAAACUUUCGAAGGUUUCGCCCUCGGGUCGCGUAUUGCAUCCUUGAUACCAGACCUUUUUUCACCGUCGUCACCGAAGCCAUGGCUUAUGUCGCUUGCUUACGGAACAACAACUCCCGUUGGACAAGCUAUCGGCCUAGUUUUGCACAAUCUCUAUGACCCUGCGAGCACCACGGGUCUGCUCAUGGUUGGCAUCACCAAUGCAAUUAGCAGCGGGUUAUUGCUUUUCGCAGGACUUGUGGAACUUCUAGCGGAGGACUUUCUAAGUGAGUCUAGUUAUGCGACACUCAGGGGUCGCCGGCGUAUUGAGGCCUGUAUAGCCGUCGCGAGCGGGGCUUUGCUGAUGGCGUUCGUUGGUGCCUUUGCCUAG